GGUCCAUUUGAGUAACCUCGCUAUCUUACUCCAAAUCGCAUGCUCACGUUGACUUAUUCCCGGCGUCGUUGAGUUAUUUUGUUUAUUCGUAUCGCCUGCUUUUGAUGUGGAAUGGAACUCUUUCAUGACACCAAGCAAUUCAAAGGGCAGGAUUAUCAUGCCCUACGAAAACAACAACUUUCUCGGGGAGUGCAAUUUGUGGAUGAUGAAUUCCCUGUGGAGCGCAUGAAUAUUUUAUGCUUCGAUCCCAGUUCUUUGGAGUUCAAGCGUCCUACCGAGUUAGUGGAAUGGCCUUGUUUAAAGUCGGAAGAUGAAUAUUUUAGUCUAAAAAAGGGGUUCGUGGCGAACGUUAACGUUCUUAUCGCCUUCACGAGCCUCAAAUAUGCUUCAAAAUUGUGGUCGAAGGUGUUUGUUGAUCACUCUUCACAAGAAUGGAAUAAAAGCUAUCCCAAAGAACAUCCCGGAAUAUUCCGUGUUCGUAUAUGGCAAGAUGGUAUUUUUCUCGACAUUGUAGUCGAUGAUCGUCUUCCUUGUCAGAAUGGCAAGUUAGUUAGUACUUGCUCUUUUUCGUCCAUUGAAUUUUGGCCCUCCAUUCUCGAGAAGGCAUAUGCGAAAUUGCUUGGUGGUUAUGAUAAACUGGAGCAGAUCCGACUGGAAGAGAUCCUCAUGGACCUCACAGGCGGUGUCACCGAAUGCAUUGGAACUCAAUCCAUCCUUUCAGCUCCUCCGAUGAAACAUGUUGAGUUCUACGAAAAGUUGGAAAAUGGCUUCAAAGAGCGAUCACUGAUCAUUUUCUGCACUGAGCCGAAGUUCGAGUCUCCAGCUAGUCCACCAAUCGGGUUUGUUCCUCCUGAUGGUUUGAGCCUACUGGAACAGUUUGGUUCUCCGGGGCCGAUGAGUGAUGGCGUGGAUGCGGACACCGGGCUUUGCGCCAAAUAUGGGUACCUCCUCACUCGGCUUUGUACCGUACCGAAAGAUACCAGUGUGUUCGGUGCAAUCAAAGAUGCUUUUAGACGAACUGGUGAUUGUCCCAUUCGUGCACGGCUCUUGCGUCUUCGGUGUCCAAUCACCAUAAGUAAUGGCGGGGCCGGCUUUGGCGAGUGGAAAGGAUCCUACUCGUCUUCGUCUCCUGAGUGGGAAGAACUCGGACUAGAUGUUCGCAAACGACUGCGUUUGACAUUUGAUUCAGAGUCUGAGUUCUGGAUCCCUUUGGACGAUGUUUUGAAACACAUGGCUGGUGUAGUAAUCUGCCGUCUGCCUGACACGAGCAUUGUCAGUCUUAGCGGACGCACCUGGCAACUGAACGAGCACCAUGGGGCCUGGCAUGGGGAUCAGACCGGCGGUAGUCUACGGUAUCGCGACUCGUUUUUCUCAAAUCCUCAGUACGUGUUCGAUGUCGCGUCGGACUCCGAAGAGGUGCUGCUUACUCUGGUUCGCAAACAUAAUCGUGAUCCCCUCACUAUGGCCAUCGAGCCUACUCAGAACCCACCUGCGGUGGGCCUGGGCUUAUUUCAAGUGGAAUCGAACAGAAUAACCAGGAUCCAUCAGCUGGGGUUCACCCAAAUCAUCUACGUUGAGGCAGCCAGACCGUUCCGAACAGUACUCAUUUCUCGCUUCCUCAAUCCGGGUCGAUAUGUUCUGAUCCCAUUUUUGGAAGAACCACUCUCGUCGGCCGCUUAUCUGCUGCGACUGUAUUUACCGAAGCGAACAAUGAGCAAAGAACUCACCCUCCACAUUCCACCAACUAAUGGUGCCUUGGAUUUCUUCUUUGGGACCUUUAAGGAGGCCGUUCGAGUGCACAUACACAGUGCGGUGAAUUUGUUGUGGCCCGAUGGAAAGAAUCCUCCUUCUCCAUAUUGUCGGCUUAUUUCCGAGGACGGAACCUCGCAAACUAGCGUCCGCUAUUAUACCGGCAAUCCAGUAUGGAAUGAGUUUUUCAUAUUCUAUCGGCGGCGUCCGAAAAAAGUUCCUUUAACUAUUCAGGUGAUGGACAAGCGCUCCAUUGGAUUCGACGUUUUUCUCGGACGUCACUGUUUCAAGGAGGACGAACUCUCCGUGGCCGCACAGCACGAGAUCGCACUGUUCGGUCGGGACACAAAAGAGGAGCGUUUUAUGCGCAUGAAGGGAUCGCUAUUUGUGGACUUCUAUCGGGUGGAUUCUGGCAACUUUCUUCAAAUAUGAUAUUUCCCAUUUUGCUACAGACAUUGGUCAAUCACCAGAGCUUUCAUCAUUUGUUUUCCUCAUCCAUUUGCCACCGAUUCCAAAGUGCUUUUUCCUUCCCUUUCUUAUGUUAUUUAUUCACGGGUGUAACUCACUUAUUACACAUUUUGAUAAAUAUGUCUGAUCCUCUUCCACGUGACCACCGUUGGACUUGCUCGUUGGAUAUAUCACACACGCUCUCUUGACGAAUCCUGGCACCCACCUCGCAAGUGGUCUUUCGCCUGCCCAUAUACCAGUCGCGCUUGUUGUAACGCAUGGGGUGCAGCGAUUCUCUCGACUUAUAUACAUGCUUUACAUUUACGGCUCACAAGCUACUCUCUCUCUCGUAAACAACUUGAAACGUGCAGCCCGCCUAUUUAAUCAGCCAGUGCAUCCAUUAACUCUUGUCCCUUGUGGCCUCUGCGAAUUUCGUAGUAUUUUGGCUUCCAGGCUUGUUUUGUAGCCAAUAAAUGCUUCAG